AUCGAAGGGGAACAACUCUAAACAUCAGCACUACAACAGCACGCUUUUUCCAACUUCGUUCUCCUUAGUGACUCGAGGAGACUUUAAAAUGGGAAAAAUUUCGAAGCCUCAAAAAAGCAAAAAACAUAAGAAAAUAAAGUUUGUUGACCCGUUUUACCAUGGAGAGCGAAAAGAAAGGAUGUUUGCUGGGCGCGACAAUGCACCAGAGAACCUUGAUCAGGAGGUUCCACGCAGGUUUAAGGAACUUAUCCGCAACACAAAACAGGCUGCAGAACUGAAGAAGAAAAGCAGAAAGCAAAAAAGAGAAAUCAUUCGCAAUAUGAAAAAGGCACAAGAUCUUAAUACUUGCCUGGAACCAAUGCCUCAAGCACCAGUAUUCCAGAAAGAGAAGGGAGAGACUAAUAAGGCAUUUAUGAAUCGUGUCAACAUGGAAACUAAAGAAGUUAUAAAAGAGUCACAACUGGAAAAAAAGUAUAGGAUCGACCGAACCUCUUCCUCUCACAAAGAAGAUGAGGGAAAAUCAAAAAAAAAAGAAAAAUUAAAACUGCGGAAGCAAGCAAAGAAAGAAAGAGAAAAAGAAAAGAAGCAAGCAAAAACAGAAGACUUUGAUAAAUUUCAAGAUAAAGUUGAAUUUGGAGAAGUGGUUCAUGCUCCACCAAUUAUAAAAACUCUCCCACGUAAAGCAAAUCAGUCUGACAAGCCUUGGGUGAAGUCUCUGUUGCUAAAAGACAAUUUGCUUGAGAACAGUGCUUCAUCACACCAGCUUGGAAAAUGUAACCUUCGGAAAAAUUUGUCUCCUGGCCAACAGCUGAAAAUGGACAGUCUACGUCAGAGUGUCAUUGACUUGUAUAGACAAAAUAAAAAGACUUAAACCAUAA